AGCCAAUUUUCCUUCAGUUUUGAAGCCAAUGGUCACCUACCCAUCGAUGGGUACAUGCUUCUUAUCGCUGGGUGGGAGGUUGACUUCCAAACAAGGAAAGAAUCAACCUUAAAUGACUUGCCAUCGCUGGGUUCCCAUCGAUAUGUUAAAGUCCCCAUCGCUGAGUAAGGUCAUUCUACCUUGUGUUAAUGUUCGACCAAGGCUUGAACAGCGAUGGGUAGAACUUCCCAUCGCUGUUUGGCAUGGUUCUGGAAUUCAGUUGGGCUGAAGGUCCGCUUACCCAUCGAUGGGUAACUCUUCCCAUCGCUGGGUGGAUGGGUGUCGGCUAUGGACUGCAAAGAGGCCCGGGCGGGAGCGGGAGCAGGGGCACGACUCGGUCCGGCGCCGUCUCGGUUUUCGGACUUCUUCUUGAAGGUGUUGUCGGCAAUGACCCAGAGCUUCGUCAUCUUCGUGCUUGGCCCGACGAUGUGAAUGUCGGUGGAGACGAUGAGGUCUAUGACGAGGAAGGCGUAUGGCAAGCUCCGCUUGGUGGCGAGGGAAGCGCAAUCCGUCAUGUGAAUCAUGACGAAUUUCACCCAAUUGAUGGAGGCGCCGUGCAUGAUGACAUGAAUCGCUUUCAAGUCCUCGUUGAAGAGCGAUGUGUGGCUGCCAUCCCGAGGGCAGAGAAUCCGGGUGAGGAUGUAGAGGAGGAGGCGCUUCUCCGGUGGGGCCGAGUGGAUCGUCGGCGCCCCGCUGUGGCGGAUGAGGUUGGUGUUCCCAAGCUCUCGAAUGACCACCGCCUCGUUGUUGAGGAUCCAAUUGUCGCCACCGUACGUCGUGAUGUCGUCACCUUGGAUUGGCAACCCCGCGACCCGUGCAAAGGUAGGCAAAUCAAUCUCUAUGUCGUAGAGAUUAAUGCUACUGUAGAUGGUGUCGCCGUUGCGGUGGAGAUUGGAGUAGAAGGCCCGGACGAAAGUGGGAUUGUAGGACGUGCGGCUCUUGGAGACGAAGGGCCACAAACCCGACGCUUGAAGCUGGUUGUCGAGUUCAUGAUACCCCUUUUGUUGGGGGAACAACUCCAGGAGCACUCAAGGCAGAGAGAUCGGGCGCUUGGCGAAGUGCGUGAGGAACCGGGUGAGUUCCUCCUCCGACCCGAACUCCAAGAAGGAUCCGUCAAGAACCCAUAUGAUGAUGACUACCAAGUUGACAAUGGGUCUGACUACUAUCCCUACCAUGAGGAACCACCAUAUGAUACCCCGUCUAAAAACUUUGGAUAUUCUCCAUGCCAAGAUUCUGAUGGGGAUAAUUAUUAUGAACCUCAUGGUGAUCACGAUGACUAUGACCACAACGGGCCUAUUUACGACGAUCAACCUGAUCCUCUCGUUGAAGAAAUAAUAAGAUUGGAACAGAAGAUCUUCUAUUUCGACGAGGUUUUAUUCGCUGAAGGCUCCUGGUACGAACCUCCUUACUCCCGUGACUACACCUUGUUUGCUGAAGAACAAAUUGAAGCAAACAAGGUGGCAAUUCGAGAAAGAGCAAAACUUCUUGAAUCAGUCCGGAAGGAAAAGGAGUUCGAAAGGAGAUUAUGUGAAGGAUCAGAAAUGAUGCAGGAAAUGCUGGACGACUUUCAAAGAGAGAGACUAGAAGCUGAGGAUAAAGCUGAUAAAUUAGUCAAUGAUCUCCGCAAGGCUAUUGAGCUUAAACGCUCCCUCCAACCUCAAGAUCCACAAUUGGAGGAAGUUAAUGCUCAAAAAGAGGCUUUAGAACCUAAGACCAACCCUGAACCAUCCAACCAUCAGGUGCCAGUUCUAGAAGAUUCACCAAGUUCUACACCAUCACAGAAACCCGAGAGCAUAUCAACUCUUGUUGGGGCUACUGUGGUGAUGUUACCCGAAUACCCUCCAAGCCAAGUCUCAACCGGCACAGUCGUACAAGAGGUGGAACCAACUGAGGGACCUGACUCAGAACCACCUAGCCUUAUUCAAGAAAAGAAGGAGGAGGAAGUUUUGCCUAUGGCAAUAAACGACCAUCUCCUUAAUUGUGUUGAAGACACACCUCCAGAGGAAUCUGUUCUGGAGGAAAUAGAGCCCAUUACCUUCCCCCAAGAUACCAAUGUCCAAGAGUCCGAGCAGGAAUCUACAGGCGAGGAAAUACUUUGCAUAGAAAAGCCAACUCCGUCUAUAGAAACCUGUGUACGUAAUGCUUCAUCUGAAGACUCAGACCAAACCUUCUUUGACUCCCUACUUGACGGGUGUGACGAUGUCUGCCCGAAGGAUGGUUGGAGCUUAAGGAGUUGGGAUGAACUUCUAAUGAGUGACACUGAAGACUCAUCCAUGGGGGAAGGCACGAUCAUAAUCAUCAAACCACAAACAGAUAGUCAGCCCGUUGAAGACAAUGAAGAAAUCAAUCUCGCUAUGAAGGCCAAUGAUGUGGAUCAACUAAGGAGACUUCCGCCCCCACCCACAUAUACAAAGUCUCCUCCAUAUAUCCUGUUGCCACCAAGCCGCAGGGAUGAGUCAUGGAUCAUGGACCUUGACCAAGCAAAAUAUCAAACAAGGUGGCACCAGAAGGGAGUCAGAAGGGCCAAACUUUAUGACUCUCGGAUCGGGAAGUCGCGGAAAAAGUGGAUGGAUGUUGCUUGGAUGAUCCCGCAUGGAAACCACCGCACAUUACAGAAUCUGGAAGAGCUCCCCUUGCACUCAGAAGAAGCAAGGAAGAAGUUUCUCACUUGGGGAAACACGAAGAUGCUCCAGCCUCCCAUGGUGCUGGACCCUGCCUAUCUGGAAGAACUGGGGCACUGGCAGGACAUUGAUGAAUUGCUGUACGACCCAAAAUGGAGGAUCCUGCUAUUCCUGCAUGCACCAGCCAGCCUGGAAGUCACCAUUGAGUUUCUUUGCUCUCUCCGCUUCCUCAAUGACGGAGAGGAAAUAAAAACAGCAGUUGAAGUCACCUCCACCACCAAGGUCACGUUCACUCUGAUGGGACGACUGCUGAACCUUACCGUGGCAGACUUAGGGUGGCUGAUUGGUCUUUACACGCUUGAUGAAACGCGGAGCCUGGCCUUCGCUAAUCUGCCUGACCAGUUGGAUCCAGAAUUCGAUGCUAGAAAGUUCUGGCAAGCUCAUGGGCAUGGUCGAUUUCACAGUGGAGCAAGCUUAGCUAGGAAUUGGGCACGACCGUCUUGGAGGAUUUUGCACCAGGCAUUGGCUCUUAGCUAUUUCGGCCGCUCUCAAGAACCUGACGUUGUGUUUAAUUCCGAUAUGUUAUUUUUCUGGAGUCUGGAAGCUCGCGUUAGCGACUUUUGUGGCUCGAUUCCUAUUUGCUCAGUCAACUUGCAACCACCAGAUCGUCUUGUGUGGGCCAAUGGUUACGCUUCUGGCCCGAGGAUUAUGUAUGUCCGUUCCCAAUGUUCUUCCAGAAGCUACUCUGUAGACUCUCGCUUAAGGAGCAUGGAGACGCUCCUUCUCACGCAGCAGUGGCAGGUGGAGGAAAUACUUGACUACGUCCGGGAACAGGGAACAAAGAAAGCCGAGCAUGGGGCAGACCAAACCUUCUUUGACUCCCUACUUGACGGGUGUGACGAUGUCUGCCCGAAGGAUGGUUGGAGCUUAAGGAGUCGGGAUGAACUUCUGAUGAGUGACACUGAAGACUCUUCCAUGGGGGAAAGCAUGGUCGUAAUCAUCAAACCACAAAUGGAUAGUCAGCCGAUUGAAGAUAAGGAAGAAAUCAAUUUCGCAAUCAAGGCUAAUGAUGUGGAUCCGCUGAGGAGCCUUCCGCCACCACCCACCCAUACAAAGUCUCCUCCAUAUUUCCUGUUGCCACCAAGCCGCAGGGAUGAGUCAAGGAUCCUGGACCUUGACUGAGCAACAAUUCAAAAGGGUGGCAUCAGAAGAGAGUCAAAAGGGCCAAACUUUAUGACUCUCGGAUCGGAAAGUCGCGGAAAAAGUGGGCAAGCAAGAGGUGAAAUGAAUGGAGUGUCAAAGAGUUCUUUUUAAUGGUUUUUAAUAUGAGAAAAGAAAGGAGGAUCAGGAGAGAAAUGGUGGGAUUAGAAAUGGCUAGAAAUAAGUGUUGGAUAAACCAAGUUGGUGUUAAGAGAUAUUACACACUCUUCUCCUAACUUGGGGUUGAAUCUAGUAUUCAAAUAAGAUAUAACACACUUAUUUAAAUAACUAGAACCUAAAACUCACACUUAAGUGAAUGAGUGUUGGUUUUUGGUGUGUUGUGUUCGGCUAGGGGUGGGAAACUGAGAGGGGUUGAUUUGGUCCAUGAGUUAAUAUGGUUUUUGGUUGUUUUUGUGUUGUUUUGAUGGGCUGAUUUGGGGGGGUUGUAUUCGGCCAGGCCAUGAGGCAAGUGGGAGGGAUUGGCAUGUGUUGUUUUGGCAUGUGGUGUGGUGGUUUAUUUGGUGGUUAAAUUGUUAAAGUUGUGCCAUGUGUGUUUUGUUAAGUAAUGGAUGUUUUGUGUCUGGUUUAGGGGACAUAGUGGGGGCCUUGUUGGGUGGAUGUUUUAAGGGGUAAAUGGGUUUGUUUUGGCUUCUUGUUUUCGACCAACUUAAGGGUUAUGAAAGGGGUUUUGUUGGGUGUGUUUUAACAUGGUCUUGAGGGAUGAAUGAGGUAGGGUUUUGGGGAAGAUGGGUUCGACCAAGAUGAAAAGGAGAAGGGGGAGAAUGGUUAAGGUUUGGUGUUGUUUCUGGAUUGUAGGGAUUGAGGAGGAUCAUGGGUUUAAGGGCCUUCAAAAUGGAUCAUAUAGCUUAAACAUAGGUCCUCGGCUUCCCCCGGGAGUGUAGGGUAUAGGGCGAACCAUGAUG